AGAGCAGGCAGCGCUGGACUCAGAGGAUCAGAAGCUUCCACACACACCGUACUGUUUGAGACGCGGAACCAAAGCGGAUCCAAAGCGGAACUAACCAAAACUAAACCAGAACUAAAGCUGAUCCAUAAUCUACAGCUUCAGCGCAGUCAUUUACUGGAGGCACUAAAGGGAAUUAAGCUUCUUGGAGCUGAACAGAUAAUAGAAGUCUCUCCCGCUUACACUCGCCUACACCAAAUGACAAGGAGCUUCCUGUCCAGCAGCAGUGAUUUCAAGGAGUGAACCUCUCUCACGAUGGGAGUUCAGGGACUUCACAGCUACAUCGAGAGCAAUAGUGAUUUCCUGAAGCCUCGCUGCUUUAGAGAAAGCAAACUCAUCAUGAACGGCUCCAGUUUGUACUACUCCCUGUACUUCAGGUCACAUCUGGACCAAGCACACGGCGGAGAUUAUGAAGGCUUUGAGAAAAUAGUUACGCUGUUUUUCAGAAAUCUCCGAAUCUGUGACAUUGAGCCCUAUGUGGUCCUCGAUGGAGGGGACGACGUCAGCGGCAAAAAAUUCGAGACCCUGAAGACGAGAUGCCAAGAAAGAAUCAAAAGAGCCAAUGCCUUGUCCAGGGGUCGGUCAGGAGAAAGGCUACCCAUUCUCACCAAAAAUGUCUUCAAGCAAAUCCUCCACAAACUUGGAAUUCCCUUCAUUCAGUGUCUGGCAGAGGCGGAUUGGGAAGUAGCCGCAUUAGCCAGUGAGUGGAACUGUCCUGUUCUGUCCAGCGACAGCGAUUUCUACAUCUUCAACAUCAAGAGCGGAUUUUUGCCCAUCCAGCAUUUCCAGUGGAGGAAAGUGAGCCAGCUAAGACACAAUUUUAAAAAUUUCAUCCCUGCCAAGUCAUACCGUGUUGUAAACCUCUGCGCUGCUUUUAACCGCAUGAAUAAAUAUAAUCUUUCACUUUUCGCCGUCAUCCUGGGCAACGACUACACCAAACUGGACAAAAGUGCAUUUCCAAACUUCGCAAAGUUCUCAACUAGACCUGGAGGAACCGCCCAGGUGGAUGGCGUACUUGUGUGGUUAUCACAGUUCCCCGGCCCGAAAGAAGCCAUCGCUGCUCUCCUCAGCCCCCUGGGGAAGAACAAGAAAUCAAGCAGCAUUAGAAAAGCAAUAAAUCAGGGGAUGGCAGAGUACAGACUCGGUCCCAGCUCCAUUGGUCAGUUCUUCAUGAGCGGAGAACCCCAGACAGUUCCUUUAGGCCCUUUACAGAAGCUUCCUGACUGGACUCUGAGACCUCUGGCAGAAGGCAAGCUGGCUUCCACCAUCAUUGAUGUGGUGACACUGCAGAGGGUCAUGCUAAACACCCAGGUGGAGGACUUUGAGCUGAGAAGCAGCAGCGAGACGUCUCGGCUGAUACGACAGGUGAUGUACGGUGUACUGCUGUGUACCAGGUGGCAGGAAGUAGGGAAAGGCGGCAGGUCUUCUGGAGAGAAACAGCAGGCUGACGUGGAGGAGUACAGCAGGCAGGGAAUGACGCUGACCAGCUCCAUGGUUCCAGCGGUUCUACCAGGAAAUGUAGUGACACACCUUCAUCUGGACUCACUGUGGGAGGAACCGGAGCAUUUACGGCUGCAGAUCCUGUUGGAUGCUCUCUGUGUGUCUCCGGUGUUUAAUUCACACCUCCUCCCCCCCGGUCUGAGGCUCGCCGUCUACGUCACAGGAUUCUGGCUGAAUCACGCUCAGCCCGAGCCGAAAGCCGAAAUGUUCUGGGCUUUACUCAUCAUCCUGGUGUACGGUCACCUGUGCAGGGAACAUCAGUCCACCAUAGAGGCCGGCACGGUGAUUUCUAGGCUUCAAAACCUGCAGGAACGUAAAGGCCAGAAGCUGGUGGAUCUGGAGAUAGCUCACGCUUUCUGUCAGUGGCAGUGCUGCCUGAAGGACAGCCUCAUGCUGAACCAGCUGCUGAACUGUCCAGUGCCGGAGCCGGAGUUAGCCAGGCUGUACAGUGGCUCUCUGCUCCACACUGUCACUCAGGAGCUGAUGAGGGGUGUCGAACCCGAGUCUCUUCUCACCGGAGCCUCGCUGGCCGUGGAGCUUUACCGCAACCUACAGGCCAUGCUGGAGCGCGAGCUGGACGACCAAUUCAUCGUGAGAAUAAGGACGAGGGCGGGGCCGAGGGGGCGGAGAGCACGGUGCGACCCAGUGGACGAACUCAGCAAAACGUUUCAGCGUUUUGGUACGGCUGAUGAAGAGGAGGAUGACGAGGGUGACAAGAUCUACGAGGAAACCUGCAGCGCUCGCACCAGACACAUAAGCCGAGCUCACACGGACGACCCGAGAGCUAAGAAGUCAGAGCGCGUGAAGUGGUUUUAGAACCGACCGACCGAGUCAGACAGAGCGCAGGAACUCUGAACUGAUCGCUGUUUUGCUGUCAGAUGAUUAGAGUCACUUUAAUCUAAUUACAAUUAAAAUCUCAUUCAUUCACCCAAAAAAUGAAAUAAUAUCCAGCGGAUCACGGAUCUGAUUAUUUAAUGGACUUAAUGAAGUGUGUGUUCAGCGGAUGAUUAAUAAGAUCAGUGUUUUUAGUCAGACGGGAUCCCGAGUUGCUGUGCCACGGCUCGUAGGUGCCGUAAUCAGAGAAGAAGGGACGCACUGAGCUCUGGGGCUGCACUGCUUCAGUCUCCUCCUCUGACCCUUUAACACCAUCAUCUGCACACAGGUCACACUGGAGCUCCACUCUAACAGACAUCACAGAACCCACACGCAGGAGGAGAGCGCAGGAACUUCUCAUACAGAUGCCAGAAACCUCCAGAAACUACAGUAUCAGAGAUUUCUGAGCACUCAAGACUUCUCUGUACAAACCUCUGUCCUCUGAAGGUCAUGGAAAUAGUUCAAAUAAUAUCUGUAUUAAACUGUGUGAUUAAGAUUUUUAUACAUCUCAAACAUCUGAAGCAUAAAGAUAUCAAUCUGUUUCUUAUUUAAUUCCUGAAAAUAUCUCAAGCAUCAGAUUGUGGGAAAAAAUACAUUUUACUCCAUAUAUUAUCAGAUACAUCAAC